GUUUGGAAACUUAGAGGGUAUUGGUUAGUAGCCUGGGCCAAUCAGAAGAGCUGGGAUUUGGCGGGAGUCUUGACCCCUGCCCAGUUCUUGGUGUCUCAGUGCAAGUGCUGGGUGUCCGGCCUCCGAGGCUAUGUUCGUGUCCGAUUUUCGCAAAGAGUUCUAUGAGCUGGUCCAGAGCCAGAGAGUCCUUCUCUUUGUGGCCUCGGACGUGGACGCUCUGUGUGCUUGCAAAAUCCUUCAGGCUCUUUUUCAGUGUGAUCACGUGCAAUACACACUGGUUCCAGUUUCUGGGUGGCAAGAACUUGAAACUGCAUAUCUUGAACAUAAAGAACAGUUCCGUUAUUUUAUUCUUAUAAACUGUGGAGCUAAUGUUGAUCUACUGGAUAUCCUUCAACCUGAUGAAGAUACUAUAUUCUUUGUGUGUGAUACCCACAGGCCAAUCAAUGUUGUGAAUGUUUACAAUGACACCCAGAUCAAAUUACUCAUUAAACAAGAUGAUGACCUUGAAGUUCCUGCCUAUGAAGACCUUUUUAAGGAUGAAGAGGAGGAUGAAGAGCAUUUGGGAAAUGACAGUGAUGGGUCAGAGCCUUCUGAGAAGCGCACACGGUUAGAAGAGGAAAUAGUGGAGCAAACCAGGAAGAGGAGGGAGCGGAGAGAGUGGGAGGCCCGGAGACGAGAUAUCCUCUUUGACUAUGAGCAGUACGAAUAUCAUGGAACAUCUUCAGCCAUGGUGAUGUUUGACCUGGCAUGGAUGCUGUCCAAGGACCUGAACGACAUGCUGUGGUGGGCCAUCGUUGGACUGACGGACCAGUGGGUGCAAGACAGGAUCACCCAGCUUGGAGGCAGGUGUUGGAGUGUGGCCCAUGGAUGGUGGGGAUUAAAGGGGAGACAUAGAAAAAGAAUGAAGUAUGUGACUGAUGUUGGCAUCCUUCAGCGCCAUGUGUCCCGGCACAACCACCGGAAUGAAGAUGAGGAGAAUACCCUUUCUGUGGACUGCACGCGGAUCUCCUUUGAGUAUGACCUCUGCCUGGCUCUCUACCACCACUGGUCCCUCUAUGACAGUCUGUGCAAUACCAGCUACACCUCAGCCAGAUUCAAGCUCUGGUCUGUACAUGGGCAGAAGCGGCUUCAGGAGUUUCUUGCAGACAUGGGGCUUCCCCUGAAACAAGUAAAGCAGAAGUUUCAGUCUAUGGACAUCUCUUUGAAGGAGAAUUUGCGGGAAAUGAUUGAAGAGUCGGCAAAUAAAUUUGGGAUGAAGGACAUGCGAGUACAGACUUUCAGCAUCCAUUUUGGUUUUAAGCAUAAGUUUCUGGCUAGUGAUGUGGUCCUUGCCACCAUGUCUCUAAUGGAAAGCCCUGAGAAGGAUGGCUCCGGGACGGAUCCCUUCAUACAGGCUCUGGACAGUCUCUCCAGGAAUAACCUGGACAAGCUGUACCUGGGCCUGGAACUUGCCAAGAAGCAACUGCAAGCCACCCAGCAGAUCAUUGCCAGCUGCCUCUGCACCAACCUUGUUAUCUCCCAGGGGCCUUUCCUCUACUGCUCCCUUAUGGAGGGCACUCCAGAUGUUGUGCUGUUCUCCAAGCCAGUGUCCCUGAGCCUGCUCAGCAAACAACUGCUCAAGUCCUUUGUGUGUUCGACAAAGAACCGACGCUGCAAGCUGCUGCCCCUGGUAAUGGCUGCCCCCCUGAGUGUGGAGCAGGGCGCAGUGACCAUGGUGGGCAUCCCCCCAGAGACUGACAGCUCAGACAGAAAGAAUUUUUUUGGACGUGCGUUUGAGAAAGCGGCAGAAAGCACCAACUCUCGGACGCUGCACAACCACUUUGACCUCUCAGUAAUUGAGCUGAAAACCGAGGAUCGGAGCAAGUUCCUUGAUGCUCUUGUCUCUCUGCUGUCCUGAGGAAUUUGAUUUCUUCAGAAAUGACUUCCUUCUCCUUAUUUAUAUUACCUGGCUUUUAUUUAGAUUGUAAGUUAUGGACAGUUUCAAAUGCAAGGAAGGUGGCUUUAAUGGAAUAAAAUACUUCUUUUAGGUUC